CCACCGUUAACCCCUUCAUCCACCAUGACUGAAUCCUUAUUCGACACCAAGUUCAACUCUGAACCAACCACCGGUUCCACUGUUCCAAAUUUCAAGAAUCAAUCAAAUGAUGAUUCAAAUCAACAACAAGAACCCCAACAACAACAACAACAAGACCCCCAACAACAACAACAAACAAAAGAAGAAUUCGAUCAAUUACCUUCCACCCAAUUGCCCUCUUUGGACGACGACUCAAACAACUCUGCUUUGAUCAAUUACCGUGUUCUCGUUAGUGCUAAAGAAGCCGGUUGUCUUAUUGGCCAAAAUGGACAAGUUAUUGAUUCAAUCAGAGACGAAACCAAUACCAAGGCCGGGAUUUCAAAAUUACAACCAGGCUCCCAUGAACGUAUUUUAACCGUGAGCGGAACCUUAGAUGAUAGUUCAAAGGCUUUAAGUUUCUUCGCCCAAGCUUUAGUCAAUUCUAAUAUUGAAGCACAAAAUUUUUAUAGUUAUUUCCCGUUGAAACAAUUAAGCUCAAUUCCAAAUAUCAUUGGUGAGACCACUGUUUUAAGGUUACUCGUUCCAAAUAGUCAAAUGGGUACCUUGAUUGGUUCCAAAGGGAUUAGAAUUCAACAAAUUCAAACCACUUGUAAUAUCUCGAUGAUUGCUUCAAAAUCCUUUUUACCUGGCUCAAAUGAAAGAUUGGUGGAAUUACAAGGUACCGUUGAUAACUUAUACGAUUCCUUGAGAAUCAUCUCCAGAUGUUUAAUUGAAGAUUUCUCUUCGAUUGUUGGUACUAACUAUUAUAUUCCAAGAGGUUACAAUUAUAAUUCAAGAUCUUUUAAUAAAAAAUCUUCAAAUUAUUCAAAUAAUAAUCACUAUAAUAAUAACAAUCACCAUAACCAAAAUGGUCCAGUCACUUCCGCUUCGGUCUCUUUUGCUAACGAUAUCGUUGGUGCUUUAAUCGGUAAAAACGGUUCCAGAAUUCAAGGGGUUCGUAAAGUCAGUGGUGCCACCAUUGCCAUUUCCGAUGAAACUGAAGGUAAAUCAGAAAGAAUUUUUACAAUCACCGGUACUCCUCAUGCCGUCGAAAAAGCUAAAGAUUUAUUAUACCAUAAUUUGGAAAGAGAAGAACAAAGAAGAGCUGAAGCUUCGGCAAAUAACUAAUUGUUCCAUAUAUAUAUAUCUAUCUAUACUUUUUCUUGUAGUAAAUAUAAUGUAUCUAAAAAUCAUUGCUUUC